UCCCUUUGAUCCAUACAAAGGUUGUUGCUUGCAUCUCACCCAAAAUAGCAUCUAUAUUGAUUCUUUUCCGGAGAAAAUACAUUCAUUCAUCGCUUUCCAAAUCCCCCAAUAUGUUGCAAAAACGAUGAGUUGAACAUAUCCCCUUUUCGAUUCUUACAUAGCAGCUUUUUUGUGAUAUUCCAAUAAUUCUUUCAUUGUAAAUGCAAAGAUUUGUUGAGUUCUACACCACAUACUUACUUUAUGGCAUAGAACUACCGACACGUAGCAUCCCGUGAAUAGGUGAUCCGUGUACUCGUCUUGUCCGCCACAUAAUUUGCAUGUAUCGAUACCGAAGUUGUUUGUGAUCACUGAUCACUUGUAUAAGGCCUAUUAAAAGCAAGAAAAAGAAGGCCAUGAAGCAUCAAAACAAAGUCAGAUAAAAUAACCACAUGGCAUUAGUAAACAUCCUACAUAUGACUCCUGGCCAUGAAGAUUCAAGCUAUGCCAAGAACUCCCUUCUUCAGGAAACUGUUAUACAAAAAGCGAUACCAUGUCUUAAUCAUACAAUCAAGGGUAUUGCAAGCCGUGAUAUCUUUUUAGACGGUUGUUUCAAGAUUGCAGAUUUAGGAUGCGGCUCUAGUAGAAACACGCUCUUGGUUGCAUCUAAUAUAAUUGAUAUAGUCAUUGAGGUCUGCAAAGAAAAUAACCAUAAACCACCACAGUUUCAAGUAUGCUUAAAUGACCUAUUUGGAAAUGAUUUCAAUAACCUUUUCAAAUUAUUACCCGAAUUUUAUGCAAAGCUGAAGAGGGAGAAGGGAGAAAACGUUGGCCCUUGUAUUGUUUCAGCCGUUCCUGGUUCCUUUUACGGUAGACUUUUUCCGGACAAAAGUUUGCACCUUGUCCACUCCUCUUUUAGUGUUCAUUGGCUUUCUCAGGUACCUGAAGGCAUAGAAAACAACACAUUAAAUAUAUACCCAGCGAAAACAAGUCCUCCAAAUGUCUUCCAAGCAUAUGCAAAGCAAUUUCGUAUCGACUUCACGAAUUUUCUAAAAUUGCGUUCCAAGGAAAUAGUACGUGGUGGAUGCAUGAUUUUAACAUUUUUAGGUCGAAGUGUUGCUGAUCCAACUAGUGAUGACAAUUGCAGUCUCUGGGAGCAACUUGCACAGUCACUUCACGACAUGGUCAAAGAGGGAUUGGUUCGAGAAUCCAAUCUUAAUUCAUUCAAUUUGCCACUUCAUUAUCCAUGUGUGGAUGAAGUUAGGGAUGCUAUUAAAAAUGAGGGAUCUUUUUCUCUUGAUAACUUGACUGUUUUUCAAGUUAACUGGGACCCACAAGACACAGAUUACACAAAUACAAACGAUUCGAUUGACCUCGGCCAAAAGCACGGUAGGAACACAGCCAAACAUAUCAGAGCGGUUACAGAACCGUUAUUGACGUCUCAUUUUGGGAACUCCAUAAAUGUCGUCGCGCUGUUUAAGAAGUUUGAGAAGCAUUUGGCAGAACAUCUCGCUAACAAGAAAACAAGAUACUUCAACAUAGUAAUUUCAUUGACUAAAAAUGAAUAGUUUAGUGUAAGUAUCAUUCUAAUGUUUAAUUUAAGUUUUUCAGCAUCUAAGUACGUGGUUUAUUCAAU